AUGGCUAGAAUGAACGAUUUUAUUCCGAUCGAAGAAGAUGUUCAUCAAGAUGACGAAGAAGUUGAAAUUGUAGCGGAAACCCAACAAGACGAUGUUCAAAAAGAUGAUGACGUGCAAGAAGUCCAAGAUUGCGGGAAAAAGACGAAGACAAAGCGUGAAAAUUGGACGCCGGCACAAGAGGUUGCUUUGGCACAAGCUUGGGUUCAAAUUUCCGAAUGCAAAAAAUAUGGAAAUGAACAAAAAGCGGAUGGUUUUUGGCGUCGUGUACUUGAGCAUUACACCACACUUGUCGGCCCGACCACACGGAUCAUUCAUGGGUUAACGCCAAAGUGGAAACAAAUGAACGUCACCAUGGGUCUCUUCAACGGGCUAUACAAUCAAGCGAAACAAGCCAAGGGAAGCGGGUGCAACGACUUGGAUGCUCAUAUAACCGAUCCCGUGAUGUUGGAAAUCGUUCUUAGCGAGAAACGCGAAAUUGCCGUAAGACAUGGAUGGCAAUGCCCUUUUUAG